AUGUCUGCUUUAUCGACGGUACCCAUAGAAUUAUGGUGCAGUCCCAUGGAUGCGGAACCUGCAGAAUGCGGAAUUGGCGGAACAAACUCUGUCCAAUCACAGACAUUCCGUCAAUUGCGUUCCGCUAAAAUGGAUUUUCUAAUGUCCCAUGGAGCGGAACUUGCAGAAGCGCAAUUGGAGUUUAGCCAAUCACAAGAUUUUUCCCAUAGAUCCUUCUGUAGUAUCUAUCGGAAUAAUAAUGCCACCUUAUUUGAAGCGUUAUUAAUAUUGGUCGGACCAAUCAUCGCAAAAAAAUAUAUUAUUCGCGAACCUAUUUCGCCUGAUACUCGGCUUCAAAUUACACUCCGCUAUCUAGCAUCAGGGGAUAGCAUGAAAUCUCUGUCAUAUUCCUUCAGGGUCGCACACAACACAAUCUCAAAAAUUAUAUCUGAGACUUGUGAAGUUAUUUGGAUUUGUUUAAAAGAUACAAUUUUUAUAAAAGACAAUGAAGAGAGUUGGGCAACUGUAGUCUACGAAUUUGAACAAUUAUGGAACUUUCCAAAUUGUAUAGGAGCCAUCGAUGGAAAACAUGUUCAAAUCCAGGCUCCAGCAAACAGCGGAUCAACGUAUUACAACUACAAAAGUCAUCAUA